AUGGAGACGGGCCCUGGUUCUAGACAGACGGAGCGGCAGGGGGAGGGGCGGCGCCUGCCCCCCCCAGCCCCCCCCGGCCCCCUGCCCACCGGAGCCCUCGACGACCCCGACGCCGGCGACACCAUCAUCAACCUCAGCUUCGAGCUGCGGGGCCCGCGGCUCCUGGCCUUCCUGCACCCGGCGCACGUGAGCGAGGCUGACCUCCAGCGCGACCCGCGGCGCUUCUGCAGCCCCGACCUGCAGCGCCUGCUUGGGCCCAUCUUCGACCCCCCAGGAGGAAAGGGGGUGGAGCCUCUCCCUGGCCCACCCCCCAAGGCUAGCACCGCCCCCAGCCGCCCCAUCAAGGGCACCUCCCCGGUAAGGGACCCCCUCAUGGGGGAGGGGGGAGGGGUGGGGUGCUCUGAGAGCAGGGAGCGUGGAGGCAGCGGGGCGGGGCGGGUUGUGGGCCCCGGGGCGAGGAGCCCGCCUGACCCCCGCCUCUGUCCGCCGCCCCCAGGCAAGGACUACGAGAACGCGGUCAAGUUCUACAGCCAGGCCAUCGAGCUGAACCCCGACAAUGCCAUCUACUACGGGAACCGCAGCCUGGCCUACCUGCGCACCGAGUGCUACGGCUACGCCCUGGCCGACGCCACGCGCGCCCUCGAGCUGGACAAGAAGUACGUCAAGGGCUACUAUCGGCGCGCCGCCAGCAACAUGGCGCUGGGCAAGUUCAAGGCUGCGCUGAGGGACUAUGAGACGGUGGUGAAGGUGAAGCCCAACGAUAAGGACGCCAAGCUGAAGUACCAGGAGUGCAACAAGAUUGUGAAGCAGAAAGCCUUCGAGCGGGCUAUCGCCAGCGACGAACACAAGCGGUCCGUCGUCGACUCCCUCGACAUCGAGAGCAUGACCAUCGAGGACGAGUACAGUGGCCCCAAGCUGGAGGAUGGGAAGGUGACGCUGGCCUUCAUGAAGGAGCUGAUGCAGUGGUACAAGGAUCAGAAGAAACUCCACAGAAAAUGUGCCUACCAGAUCCUGGUGCAGGUGAAGGAGGUGCUCUCCAAGCUCCCCACGCUUGUAGAAACCAUGUUGAAAGAGACAGAGAAGGUGACCGUGUGCGGGGACACGCACGGGCAGUUCUACGACCUGCUCCACAUCUUCGAGCUCAACGGGCUGCCGUCUGAAACCAACCCCUACGUAUCCUUCCCCGGCGGCGCGGGGCCCAGAGCCUGCUGGAGCCCAGCGGUGCUACUCUGCCCUGCCCAAGUCCCCCGUGUCCCCCCCUCCUCCCCCACAGGGAACCAUGAGACAGACAACAUGAACCAGAUCUACGGCUUCGAGGGUGAGGUCAAGGCCAAGUACACGGCCCAGAUGUUCGCCCUCUUCAGCGAGGUCUUUGAGUGGCUGGCGCUGGCUCAGUGCAUCCAUGGUAAACUCCAGAUCAUGCACGGGGGGCUCUUCAGCGAGGAUGGGGUGACGCUGGACGACAUCCGGAAGAUUGAGAGGAACAGGCAGCCCCCAGACUCAGGCCCCAUGUGUGACCUGCUGUGGUCUGACCCCCAGCCCCAGAACGGGCGGUCGGUGAGCAAGCGCGGCGUGAGCUGCCAGUUUGGGCCAGACGUGACGCAGCGCUUCCUGGAGCGCAACCGGCUGGACUACGUCAUCCGCAGCCACGAGGUGAAGCCUGAGGGCUAUGAGGUGGCCCACGACGGCAAGUGCAUCACUGUCUUCUCUGCCCCCAACUACUGCGACCAGAUGGGCAACAAGGGCUCCUACAUCCACCUGCGAGGCGCCGACCUGCGGCCCGAGUUCCACCAGUUCACAGCAGUGCCUCACCCCAACGUCAAGCCGAUGAUGUACGCCAACACAUUGCUGCAGCUGGGCAUGAUGUAGCCUCCCCGUCUCCCUGCCGUGCCCCCCCGGCCAGGCCCCAGCCUGAGGGGGCAAUGUCGUUAGUUUUUUUUAAUAUAUUGGACAGAUUAUAUUUAUUCCCAGGCUCCUCUUGCCCCCCACCCAGCAGAGGGGCAGCUGGAGGGGGGGC